GGCGACCUCUGAGCCGGAUCCUGAGGUUCCUUCGCGACGAGGACAGGGGAUACAGGGGAUCACGGACCGAAAAUGCUUUGGCUUUUGGCUGGAUGAGAGGUACUUUAAGCUGCCAGCUGGAGGAAUGGCGGCUGACGUCCACAAUAAGGGUGUGCCCUGGGAGAGCCAGAAUGGGGUCCUUGCCCCCGUGGAUCGCCUUCGCCAAGAUCGGUCUGACAGCCCCACUCCAGGCCUGGUUGAGGGGACAGAACCCGGUGCUGGACAGGACAGUGCCAUGUUCGUCCAUGCACAGUCCUUCGAGGACCUGAUGGCUGACGGCGAGGAUGUUCAGGCCACGUCUGUGGGAUCUGAAGGCGACCAGGAGCCAGAAGUGCUGGAGGAGCUGGGUGACCAAGGUCAGCAGACAAAGGAGGAUCAGCAGGAGAUACGGCCGGGAGUCAGGACCAAGGAGGAGGAUGUGACCAGCGAAUCGUGGCGGCAGCACAGGAAACACGUGUUUGUGCUGAGUGAGGCGGGGAAGCCCAUCUAUUCCCGCUAUGGCACAGAGGAGGCGCUCUCGAGUACCAUGGGGGUAAUGAUGGCGCUUGUCUCCUUUGUGGAGGCAGAGAAGGACAUCAUCGGGUCCAUCCAUGGAGAUGGCUACAAAGUGGUGUUUCUGCGCAAGAGUCCCCUGGUCCUGGUGGGCGUGGCUCAAACCCGCCAGUCGGAGCGAGAGCUGUCUCGCGAGCUGCACUACAUCUACUACCAGAUAAUCAGCCUGCUCACCCUGACUCAGCUCAACCACGUCUUCCGGCACAAGCAGAACUAUGAUCUGCGUCGUCUGCUGGCCGGCUCAGAGCACCUCACCGACAGCCUGCUCCGGCACCUGGACCGUGACCCGGGCUUCUUGCUGAGCGCCGUCACCUGCCUGCCCCUGACCAGUUCCACCCGGGAUGUCAUCUCCUCCAGCCUGCAGGCCUCCAGGGCCAAGAGCCUGGUCUUCUCCAUCCUAUUGGCGGGCAGUCGUUUGGUGACGCUGGUGCGCAAAAAGGACCAAUUCCUGCACCACAUGGACCUGCACCUUCUCUUCAACCUGGUGGGCUCCUCCUCCUCCUUCCGCGAGGGCGAAGGCUGGACACCCAUCUGUUUGCCCAAGUUCAACACCGCUGGCUUUUUCCAUGCUCACAUCUCCUACCUGGAACCGGCCUCAGACCUCUGCCUCAUCCUGGUCUCCACCGACCGCGAGGACUUCUUCAACCUGUCUGACUGCAAGCGCCGCUUUCUCGACCGCCUCCGCCGGCGCAGUGCCUACCAGGUCCUGCAGGAGGCGCUGAAGGCCCCUACCUAUUCUGUGUCCCAGGUGGGGAUCCCUGAGCUGCGACACUUUGUCUACAAGUCCAAGAGCUCUGGGCUCUACACCAGCCCCGAGUUCCCAGUGCCAUACCAGUCUGAGGAGGAGCAGGAGAGGCUGAUGGAGCUCUACCAGUACCUCCACAGCCGCAUGCAUCACCCUACACGCCCCCUGCGAUCAAUCUACAGCUGCGGCGAGUCGGAGAGUCUGCUGGCCUGGGUGACUAGUGGCUUCGAGCUCUACCUCUGUUUCAGUCCCCUGGCAACGAAGGCCCUGGCAACGGCCGCUAUCAACAAGCUGCUGAAGUGGAUCAGGAAGGAGGAGGAACGUCUCUUCAUUCUCAAUCCCCAGACAUACUGAUGGGGAGCUGCCCUGAGGAAAGGCCCAGGCUGUAAAUGAGGCCUACCUCUGCCCGGUAGCCUUGAUUAUCCCCCCAGAGUACUGCUGAAUGCUGGGAUUGAAGUAAAACCAAAACUGACACCCUCCCCCGAAUUAAACCACUGAUACUGGCUUGACUUACAUGUAGGGGACUUGAAUUUUUGGUGUGGCACUCUAGGACCAGAUGUACAGAACCUGAGCUUUGAAAGCUGUGAGGGUGAGAUCUUUUUAAGGGUAUAAUUGUAAGCUGUGUGAGGAACAGGCUGUGUAUGAUUGUCAGUUUGCUGGAAACAGAUUCUCUGUAGCAAUAUUUUUGUUGCAAUUGUAGAUAAUUUGAUGUUUCAGUGAAUAAGCAAAAGAGAAAACGACUCGCUGUGCUGUUAGUAGAAACUAACUACCUUUUUUUGCAUUAGACCUGUCACUGAGUUAACAUCUUAACAUAUCAGAAUGAUUCUUAUUGUUCAGCAGCAAAAGCCAAAUCGCAGGAUUGCUUCACUGUGACGAAGGGGACCACACAGCCCGUCCGAGUGGGUUUGGGACUCCCUCGCUAUGCUGUCACUGUGUGGAUACAUACCUUAAUCUCAAAGGUAUACGCUUAGCUUUGAUAAUGUGAAAAUCCAGCAGGAUCCAUGUAAAAAUUACCAUUUUGAUUUUUUUUAUUACCCAAGGAUAAGCGGAAGUAAAUGGAUGGAUGGAUGGGUGGACCCAAGUCAAUAAGUUGAAAUGCAAAAAAUUUGGAGAACUAGUUUUUGAGCAGUUCGCGUUUUCCAGUGUUUCAGUUUCUACAUUACAGGCUGUAACACUUGUCGCCCUUGCAGGGUGUCAUUGAACUAGUCUGGGGCUCGCAGUGCGAACACUGUACUCUGCCUACUGGUCACUGCAAGUUGGGAUUCAGACAAAAGCAAUAAUUACAUUUUUGCAUUGACAUUUCACUUGCACAGUAAAAAUGUAACACUUCACUUGAGAGGGCACAAAUAAUUAGUAGCAACUCAACAAAUAUGGUAGCUACUUAAGGUAAAAGAUACGUCAUAAUUCAUUAAUGAUGAACAAACAUGAGAUCAGUAUUUCACUUGUCUUAUUCAUUACUUGUUCCUUCAGUAGUUCCUUAGUAAUUCACAGAGGAUUACAGAAUUAACUGAGAAAGUAACAGAUGUCGCAGCUGCUUGGGAUGAAAGAUGCAUCAUGAUUCAUUAAUGAUGAACAAACAUGAGAUCAGUAUUUAACUUGUGUUAUUCGUGACUUUUUCCUUCAGCAGUUCCUUCAAUAGUUCAGAAAGGUUUACAGAAUUAACAGAUUUAGCAACAAAUAUAGUAACUGCCUGGGAUAAAAGAUGCGUUGCGACUCAUUAAUGAUGAACGAACAUGAGAUCAGUAUGUAACUAUGAUUUAGUUUGUGGUUAAUAUAUAAAUAAUAGCAUAAUACUACAAUAUUUGUGUCCCCUUAAAAUGUUACUAUAAAAACAAACAUUUGACAAUGAGCUCAAGGAAAUUAACAACACUCUGAAAAAUGUGUUCCAUUGUCACUGGGGUUGUACCCUUGUAAUCGUACCUUUUAAAGUGUUAAAAUCAUCCCAAAUGUACAAAAAGUAUUAAUGCACCAUCAAUGGUACAGAAAUGUUCCUCAGUGUCCAUUUCUGUACCUUAAAAAGUACAAUUACCUGCAGCUAGGGUACAAUUUUCAGACACUUGCAGCCCCAGUGACAAGCAAAGGUACAAAUUUGUACCCUUCUUACUGAGAGUGAAAGGGCCGACUUCUGUCGAUCUUCAAGGUUAACGUUACCAUAGGCCUAGCCUAACUGUCCUGUUUGUGCUAAGGUGCUAAGAUUAAUUGUGUUUAUGCUAAGGUGCUAAGAUUAAUUGGCUAGAUGUUAACUACAGUUACAGUUAUAAUCACAAAGAGUAAUUACGUCUGCAUAAUCAACAAGAAGAGACAUACUAAUAUCAUGCAGUCCGAGAAAUCAUGCAGGCUAACUACAACAGACUCCUCCUACUAGAUUUGCAAGCACCAUGGACACCCCCAUUCAGUGGUAGAAUCCAUAGCGUUGAAAGAGAAGAGUGAAAGAAUGGUCACAUCAUCACUUUCCAUUUUCUGGUUUCCACUGUGAAGGUUUAGGUUGGAAAGCAACAACUUGACUUCUAUUUUUAACUUGUCAAUUUGGGCAAUAAUAAAAAGAAAUUCUAAAUGAUAAGCGUUACACAAACCCAGCAGGUAUAUUUCCCAUGGCUUAGAUGUUCAUUUUGACUGUUUCUGUUUGUUCUGUGUUUUUUUAUGAUUAUAAUUUAAAGAUAUUGGGCUUCAAUUUGCUCAUCUGUAUCUGAAUGCCUUUUCUUCUGGUGAAUGACAUUAGUGUAUUUACUUAUUUGAUUUUUAACCAUCAUAGUCAGUGAGAGCGGAUUGGUAUCUGCACUCAUACGAUUUAUUUUAAACUAAAGUGCAAAUCUGAGCUUUGUUUGGCUACCUAAAUUAUUCUUUCUGCUGGACUUAAUUGGGAUGCAACUGGAACUAUUUUCUUUGGAUGCUGUAAGUCCAACUCUGUGGAGAUGAAGUAAGUGAUACUUCUAAAGCUUCAUCUGUGCAUUGCGUGGAAUCGAGGCUACAGUCUCCUGAUCUUUGAGAUGUAGAAAGUGGAGGAUUUUAAUGCGUGGCGUCUGCUUAGAUUUUAAUGGCAGCAAAUCUCCCUAAUGGAAAAAUGUAUAAAAAUAUUAACCGUGUUACAUUCAUUAUCUUAAUAAAUGCGGAAAAAGGUUAA